CAAUCAACAGCAAUAAACUCUCCAUCCAUCAUCUCCAUUUUUGAAGGGAGCGCAAACAAGCAAGAAGCUCAAGGAAGAAGAAAGAGUUGCACAAAUAGAGAAAAACCUUGGGAAUAAAGGAACUUGUCUAAGGAGUUUCUAGUGCUUUCACGAAGUUGAAAGAGUCACCGGAAUUGUCGCCGGAGUUCAACGAAAAUUCGCCGGAGUUCAACCUAGGAGGGUGUAACUUCAUAAAGCUCAUUCGAGACCAUAAUCGAGUAAGGUGCAUGGUAGAUCAUGGGUUCGGGUGGAGUACCCAAGGGUCGGACGGCGCCUCAAAACUCAUAUAUAUGGGUGGAGUACUCAAGGACCAGACGGUGUCCUCAAAACUCGGAAUAUAAUAGCGCGAAGAACCCAAGGAUCGGGCUGUAUCCUCAAAACUUACGUAUUCGGGUGGAGUACCCAAGACCCGGGUGGUGCCCUCAAACGGUUCGGGCUUGGGCCCAACAAAACAGACCCGAGGCCCGGCCGGGCCCAGGCCUGAACCGGCCCGAGGCCAUCCCUAGUAUGGACUAUGUUCAUGGACGCCUUGUAUGAUUAAUUGAUGGUGACUUGCGAGUGAUGUUACUUGAUCAUACGGCAGUUGUACACGCGCUUAGAUGCGGUUUGGGACGUGACAAAAAAACCUAGUGAGAAUCUUUUAUUUGCAAUCAGGAGUUUGUUUGAUAGUUUAUAGUAGCCCGUAAUUUCAGCUUAGCAUGCUUAUCAUCAAUUUUUAUAUGAAAUACUAGCGUUUGAUCGCGCAAGGCGCGAGAGCUUUUGCCCAAUGUCAUUUUUGUAGAUAAUUAUUAUGUGUGUUUUUAUGAGAAUCUUUAAAUAGUGUGC